AUGGAAGACAGUAGCAACGCCGCCCCGUACGCCUCGCCGCCCGUCCAUGCCACUCUCCACCAUGCCCCGGACGCCUCUGCCUCCAGGCGCACCUCGUACCGCCGUCCCACCGAUGCCCAGCCUGCCGACCCAUUCCAGUCGGUGCCCGCCAUGUCCACCACCAUGCCCAGCAACACUGCGCGGCCUGUCGCUGCCUCGUCAACCGCUACCAGCCAGAGACGGCGAAACAGCAAGAUUAUUCUUCCCCCAACCACAGGCGCAAUGGGCGAGUCGAUCCCGGCGGCGCCAGACGUGCCGCGCGCGCCACCCUCAUCGUACAAAGAUCCAUACUCCAGAGGCGUAAAAGUACCAGCACGUUCAGGCUCGGGGCGGUCGCGCGACCCAGCCAUCCACUUGAACCCGAGCAGACAGCAGGCCACUAUCCAGACAGCUGCGGACAGGCUCUACAACCUGCGGUCGCCACCAUAUGCGCCAGUCGAGCCAUUGGCAGGAGCCGCAGGGCGGCGUGGCCCGCAGCGCGGACCUUCGGUGCCAGACCGAUCACCGCUCCAGAAGUUGGAAGGCAAGCUGGAUGACAUUAGCAAAGAGGAGAGGAGAGCGAGGAUAUUCGAAGCCGAGCUGGCAGCCCAAGAGAAGAUCGAGGCCGAAGCUCGUGCAAGACGGGCGCGAGAAGCUGCACAGAAACAGCACCGAAUUGUCUCUCAACCAGUCUCCCCACCAGAUCGUUCCCCCGGAACACCCACCCGAGCGAGUAGCAGCAAGCGCCACGCUUCAAUGCCCACGGAGAAAAAGCACCUGUCGCCACAGAUAACCCAGUGGGAAUCAGACGACGGGUACAUUCAUGAUCUGACCGAGCCUUGGGAUCCCACCGCAUCAGAAGGCGGAGCGGUCCAGCCUGCCCAGCAGAUGCCAGCACAGAGGGGACAAGCUGUUCCGCGAAGCACCAGUCUAAAAGGCAAGGAGCCAGUCAGAAAUUCUCCACAAAGUGCUACCUACAGCGAUCGGAGCUCGCUUCCAUCGCAGAGAGACCAGAAGCCUGCGUCGGAUGCUGCAGGGCUUGGUCUGAUGGGUGUAGAUGAUAGCUCGACUGUAGCUGAAGUGACUCGUUCAGAAAGCAAGAGAGGCCAUGAAUCGAGAGACAGUCGAGGCAUCAUGGCUGCACACAUGGAAAUGCAGCAAGAAUCCAUUGACCGGAAGAGUGUGCCCCGGGUGGUUGAUAUCCCGCCAACCAAGCCUCGCAUACCGCCCGUGCCCAAGACUACUCCGGUCAUCAUUCCCCCCGUGCCUCAGACCACUCGAAAGAGUGUCGUGUUUUCCGAGUCGGAGUCGGAACUGGAUUCGCACGAUCCUGAGAAACAAUCUCGCAAUCGUCACAGCCGUCACAGCGGUAACAGCGGUCACAGCAGUCACAGCGAGCCGGAGAGGAUAUACACGCCUGGACCUAUGCUUGAAGAAUGGAAGGAUGCCCCUGUCGGCACUCUUGCGGCUGACGAUCUUGACUUGAACGCACCAGUCACAGCGAACAGUGGCAACAAAGCAUGGUGGGAAGAAACCAAAUUGAACCGUCGGAGGCGUGCUAGCAGCAAUCACGCUGAGCCCAUGUACGACGGCUAUGCCGACGAUACUCACGUGCCAACUGUUUUCAACCCACGACUAUACCUCAAGUGUGGACCGCUUCUGCGCUACACGGGCCUUCGCAAGGACCGCAGCAAACCAGGACAAGAGCGAGAGAUCUGGCGAGGUAGCAUCAUGAUUGUGACGGUUGAUUCUCGAUCUUCAUAUAGCAAGUCACCGACGUUGCGGCUGUUCAAGCAGCCAAUGGACCUCCUGCCGCCACCACCACAAGAGGUAGACCAGGACCAACUCGACCCAUCGUACGUCGAUCCUAUUGAAGGCCAGACCAAAGUGUCACGCACGGGCAAAACGCUGUACGUCAAGCCUGUCGAUGAGCUCGCCGAGGAUGAAGACUUGUCGUGCAUCGAAGAUGGCACAGGCCUGUUCUCUCAAUCUCGAAGCACCCACAAUGGGACGGCUGCUAAGUCCACCCGUAUCCACAAAAGAGACGGCGAAAAGCUGGGCAAAGUGCGCGACUUUCCUGGUAUUCGUUUGUACGCUGAGCGAGGUGUGACAUUCUGGCGCUUCAACAUCGAAGUCGAACUUGGAGCUAGCCAGACCCGCAUCGCCUACAAAAUCAACCAGGGUCCGGCUAUUGGAUUCUGGGUCCCUGCCAAGGGAGAAUCUAUGAAUAUCAUGUUUCACAGCUGCAACGGAUUCUCCGCUAGUGUCGAUCCGGAUGAGUUUUGUGGCCCAGACCCCCUGUGGCGCGACGUCCUGAACACGCACCAAACCCGUCCAUUUCAUGUCAUGAUUGGUGGUGGAGACCAGAUUUACAACGACGCCGCAAUGAGGCAGACAACUCUGUUUAGGCAAUGGACUGAGAACAGGAAUCCAAUGCACAAGCACCACCAACCAUUCUCAGAGGAGAUGCAGAACGAGCUCGAGCAAUUCUACCUAGAUCGGUACUCGAUGUGGUUCUCACAGGGCUUGUUCGGCAUGGCCAAUUCACAGAUUCCCAUGGUCAAUAUCUGGGACGACCACGACAUCAUCGAUGGCUAUGGAUCUUACCCUCACCACUUCAUGCAGACCCCAGUGUUCACGGGGGUCGGUGCUGUCGCCUUCAAGUAUUACAUGCUCUUCCAACAUCAAUCCGUACCUGCCGAGACGGAGAAGACGGAGCCUUCGUGGGUGCUUGGUAAAAGCCCUGGUCCUUACAUCAAAGAGCGCUCCAGAAGCGUCUUCCUGCGGCUCGGCCGACCGGUAGCUUUUCUUGGCCUUGACUGCCGCACAGAACGUCGACGAGAUGAGAUUCUUACCGAAGACUCGUACGACAUCAUCUUUGAUCGUCUUGAGGAUGAGAUCAUCAAGGGCGAAACCAAGCACUUGAUUGUGCUGCUUGGUGUACCCAUCGCCUACCCUCGAUUGAACUUUCUUGAGAACAUACUGACAAGCAGACUGAUGGAUCCUCUCAAGGCCCUUGGGCGCACUGGCAUGUUGGGUAAUUUCGUGAACAAGUUUGACGGAGGUGUAGAGAUUCUCGACGACUUGGAUGACCACUGGACAGCAAAGCACCACAAGGAAGAGCGCAAUUGGUUCAUUCGCGAGCUGCAACACAUUGCUUCCACCAAGUCUGUGCGUGUCACUAUACUCGGUGGUGACGUCCAUCUCGCGGCAGUUGGUCAAUUCUACAGCAACAAGAAGCUCAACAUACCAAAAGACAAGGACCACAGGUACAUGCCGAAUGUCAUUUCCUCGGCCAUAGUCAACACGCCGCCUCCCGAUGUGAUGGCGGAUAUUAUCAACAAACGCAACAAGGUGCACCACUUAGACUCGGACACGGAUGAAGAUAUGAUAUCCCUGUUCACUCAUGGCGUGGAUGGGAAAAAGCGAAACAACACUCAUCUGCUGCCCCACCGAAACUGGUGCAGCAUUCGAGAGUACAAGCCAGGAUCUACACCGUCGGCAACACCGUCACCGCCUGGCACUCCAGACGGCCCUGGCAUAGGAAGAUCGCUGUCGGAUUUCACGCCUGGCCAGUUGGUGAGAAGACUCAGUGGACACACCAGGCCUUCCGCGCGGCGACGUGCCCCUCCUGUCUCUUAUCGGAAUAAUCCCGCUUAUGCUGCUGCCGAUGACGAACAGGUGGGCCACUAUCAGCCGCAGUCCUCAUUCUCGCCUGAUCGUUCGGAGCCGGAAAGGCCUACUCGCUCUCGCCGCAACUCCUUGUCGUCGCUGUUCCGUCGGCGUCCAUCAGUGGAUGGCUCCCGCCCAGGCACUGCUGAAAGCGCAACACCUCCACGGAGCCGCCGGAGCCUAUCACAGGACCGGCUGUCCGCUUUUCGACGCCGUCCCAGCGUUCUCAGUAGGAAGAGCACGAAGCAGGAGGAGUUUAUCAACCUCGAAGGCGGCCUUGAUAUUUGUCUCAACGUCGAAGUAUCACAGCAUGACCCAGCUGGUAUCACAACACCAUAUCGACUUCUUGUGCCAGCUCUUGAUUAUGUCGAACCCGAGCCUGACGAAACAGAAAAGGAGCCGCGUAAAUCUGGAGAUUUCUUCCGUGCAUUCCGUCGAAAGCAAAAAGACACAAUUGGCGAUGAUGGGAACUCCGUCUCAGGCAGUGAAAGUGGAAGCGAGCUCGGCGAAAUCUCCAGCGAGGAUGAAGAGCGUCUACGACAACAGUACAAAGUUGGGCCCAGAAUAGUGAUGCCAAGUUUAGGGUCACGGAAUCGACGCGAGUCUGCUUCGGCCACUGCCACGGCUUCAGGCUCGGCUCCCGUCGUUGUACCAGCCCACUCUAGCAACCCUGUCAUAGCCCCUACUCGACGUGAGAACCUUCUGAGCUCUGGAUUCCAUACCAAUACAGCUCGGACAGUAGGCCCUGCUCAGUCUGACGGAGCGUUUCAUACCCCAGCAGUUCAGAUCCCAGGACGACAGAGUCUGGACACGAGCACAAGCGCCAGUAGUAGGGCAUCGGCGUGGGUCAAUCUCACUGAUAGAAGACAUACCAGUGCACCUCAACAACCCCAAGUGGUGCAAACUGCGCCCCAAGCGACUGUGCUUCCACCUCACUCGCCUUCUAACCGCAGACAGCCUUCGUAUAGCAACUCGUCCCACAAGUCACAACUUCCUGCUACACAGCCGGAUGCCGACUUGAAGAUCCCAAGGAGAUCAGUGAGCAGUGCUGCAGGCCAGAGUCCUUACAGCAUUGGCUCAACACCGUCACAAAAGCGCUCCAAGCGCGAGUCGUACCCACCACAUCCGGCCGUUGUUGGUGCAGGCCCAGGCUCACCAUACACGCGCGACGGACAAGGUCUUCAGGCUAGACAAGACACAACAGGUGUCGACUACUUCAGCAGCGGAGGUCGCGACGGGAAAAGUCACCCGGCCAUGGCGCCCAGACAAGUGAUUGAUCCAGAGUACAACGAAAAACCAGUUCAGCGUGCAGACUACGCCGCCCAGCCACAGCGAAGCGGUUACGACAGGACCGCGGCCACAUACCCUACAUAUCCCCAGCGCAACGGCAGCGUUGGACCCGCAAACAGAUACCUUGGCGGCGCGGCAUAUGACGACGACGAUGACGACGACAGCCUUGACAGUGCCGACGACGACGACGAGCCGAGCCCCGGUGCACACCAAGGCCUUGGUUCGCAAGGCGAAGAAAUGAGCCAAGAGAGUUUCGUAAUGCCCAAGCAGAGAAAGAAGUGGCAGAUCUGGAAGUAA